UAAAAUCUUCAAUUGGUUCAUUUUCUUAAUAAUUUUAAUAUCAAUUAAUAUCGAACAAUGAGAGACAACGAAUGUACUAAAAUUAUUGGAACAAAUGUAAUUUUAGUGCCUUACAAAGAAAAACAUGUUAAAAGAUAUCACGAAUGGAUGAAGUCAGCAGAAUUACAAUAUUUUACUGGUUCAGAGAGUUUAACAUUGGAAGAAGAAUUUCAAAUGCAAAAGCGAUGGCAUCAGGAUCAAGACAAAUGUACCUUUAUCAUUUUAGAAAAAGCUAUUUAUACUGAAAAUGGAAAUGAAAUAGAAGCUAUGAUUGGAGAUACAAAUUUAUUUUUUAAUGAAUCAGACCAGCCAAAUACUGCAGAAAUUGAAAUUAUGAUAGCAAAUAUUAAUUGUAGAGAAAAAAAAAGAGGUUGGGAGGCAAUAAUUCUAAUGAUGCUUUAUGGAAUUGACAAAUUAAAUGUAACAAAAUAUAUUGCAAAAAUUAAAUGUGAUAAUGAAAAGAGUAUAAAAAUGUUUGAAAAAUUAAGAUUUCAUAAGAUAGUGAAACGAGAUAAAACGAAUGUAAUGUCUCUAUCUAAAAUAUUACAAAAAUUGAAAAAUUCUAUACAAAAAAGACCGUUACUCUUUAAUUCAGUAAUGUACGGUUCUUUUUAUACUGGUGCGGAAUUCGCGCAACAAACUUAUAACAGAAUGUUCAAGUUUUCGUUAUCAUCAGCAUCAAUAAACAUAGAAGAAACAAAUACAUUUAAGAUUGAAAAGCCGCUGUUUAUUUGGAUAAAAAAUUUUAAUCAAAAAUUGAGUUUAUUAAAUAAGAAUAACAUGAUGCAAUUGGAAAGUUACAAUUGGACCCAACUAAAGCGAUAUGCUAUCUAUGGUUGUUUCAUUGCAGGACCACUACUACAUGGAUGGUACAAAUGGUUGGAUAUGUUCUACAAAGGCAAAACUAUGAAAAUUGUCUUCACAAAAGUUUUAAUUGAUCAAUUUGUUUUUACGCCACUAUUAAUUACACUAUUUUUUAUCAGUAUGAGCCUCAUGGAGAAUAAACCAAAUGUGUUUGAUGAAUGUAAAGCAAAAUUUUUUCAAACAUUUAAGAUGCAGUGGUUUGCCAUAAUGAUAUGCUUAUAUGCUGGAGUAGCUAGUGCAAGAACAGAAGAAGAUCAACAAACAUCUUCUUCAACUUCAAUUACUGGAAUAUCUGAUGGUCUUUUAGAACAUUGUUUUUAUCAGCAAUCUAGUGAAUGUCCUGAUGUCAAAAUAACUGGAUGUUCUUGUAAAAAAAUUAUUCUUGCUCAUAAUAAUCCUGAAGGCAAUGCUGUACUUUGUUGCAAUUUGGAUAUUCAAAACUUUGAAUCAGAACUUUCUUGUACAGGAUUUCCAUCAAAUAUAUCAUACAUACAUAUAAGAAAUGCAACAUUGGAUGUAUUUAAUGUAAGUGAAAUUCGAUGGAGGAGACUAAAAUCACUUGCAAUUACAGAUGGUAAAAUUAAUAGAAUAAAAGGACAAUUUCGAAUGAUGACUCCAACAAUUUGUUUGAAUCUUUCAAAUAAUGCUCUUAUUGAAGUAGAGAAUAAUUCACUUACAAGAUUAGCUCAACUUACUACUUUGGAUCUAUCUUAUAAUAAUCUUACACAUUUACCAGCUUUAAAUACAAUGAAUGGUCGCGAAUUUUGGCUUGAUAUUUCAGGAACAAAUACACUUUGGUGUCAUGAUAUUUAUCAAUAUAUUAAUAAAACAGGAGAAAAGCAAAUUAAUUUUAAUCAUGAAAAUGAAACUGUAUGUUCAGCUAGUAAAACUUGGCAUUGGUUUAAUACAACAGAACAAGUUCCAUUGAAACAAGUUCGAUAUCUUAGUUUGUUACAAACAGAAUGUCCUAAAGGAGAUACAUGGCAGUGUCAAUGUAAUUUCAGAAGAUUGGAUAUUGUUGAAGGUAAACCACCAACUUUAGCAGUAAAUGUAGAUUGUAGUGGAAUUCAAAUUACUGAAUUACCUGAAAAAUUACCUCGCAAUACUAUAGCACUGAAUGUUUCAUAUAAUAACAUCACUGUAUUAGAUGAUCUAAGUACUAAUCCAUGUUAUGAAGAUAUAAGAGAGUUUUAUGCUGACUACAAUAAUAUAUCGUCUAUAAAUAAAUUAGAAGGUUCUAAAUUUUUGGAUAAUUAUGCUUUUCUUAGUUUACGAUAUAAUAAAAUUAAAUCUCUUCCUACAUAUAUUUUAAGCCCUAAUACUCACGACAAGAGUUUCACUAGUUCGCGAUUAGUAAAGCUUGGAGGAAAUGAAUUACAUUGUGAUUGUAAUACAGCCAAGUAUUUAAAGGUAUGGCUACAAACUCGUAUAUUAGAUUCCGAUGAAGUAUUUUGCGAAAAUGUAAAAGAAAAGGUUAUUGAUUUAGAACCUUCAAAGAUGUGUGUUUAUCCUGGUGAUUGGACAGAUUAUAUUUAUUAUAUUAUUGCUACAGAAGUUAUACUCUUAAUAAGUCUUAUAGCUAAAGUAUCAUAUGAUUAUUGGAUUUUUAAAACAGCAGGCUAUCUUCCAUGGCCAGCAAAUAAAAUGCCAAAACUACCUUGUGAUUGGCUAUGUGAAACGUAGUAAUAAUUUUUUUUUAUAUUCAUUUAUAAUAUUUUCUGAAAAAGACAGAUUCCAAUAAUAUUUCUAUAAAAAAAUAUUAAAUUUUUAUAUAUUAUCGAAUACAUAUGUUUUUAUAUA